GUGAGGUAAACUGCGAGUCAAACACCUCGGGAAGCUGAUUUAUUCAUCAUGGUUUCUGCCCCCGAAUUGAAAAGCUAUUUGGACAAAAAGGUUUCUGUACAACUAAACGGAUCAAGAACCGUUACAGGCACACUCCGUGGAUACGACGUAUUUAUGAAUAUCACAAUGGCCGACGCCCUAGAGCAUGACCCCAAGGGAGAGCAGCUCGCCCUAGGAACGAUAGUCGUUAGGGGAAACUCCAUAGUAUCAGUUGAGGCUUUGGAGAAAAUUUGAGAUAGUGUUAAUUAACAAAAGACUGAGGUAUAGAAUAAACGUUAAGCCUAGUCGUAUCUUUUGCACAUUUCGAUACCAGCGUCCUUGUAGCCACACUUUUCAUAGAAUCCAACAUUUGAUUUGGAGCAAUCUAGAAUGACUUUGUAGCAGCCCGCUUCCUCGGCUAUUUUACUCAAAUGCUGAAUCAACAUGUUUCCGACCUUCAAUCCUUGUUGGGACUUUGCCACUGCAAUAUCCUCAAUAUGGC